AUGGCCGAAGAAUCUCAUCCGGCAUACCUCUCGCCUAGCGAGCUGGGUACAAAAGACUACUGGGAAUCCUACUACGCCCGCACACUAGCCCACAUCUCGCACGAAGCUCCCAGCAAAGACCCCAAUGCCAAUGACAAAGACCAAGAUGAUGACGAUGCCGCAUCCACCGCUUCCGAUCUAAAUGAAGAAGAUGACCCUGGUACAUCCUGGUUCUCCGAGCACAACGCCCCGCAAAAAGUCCUCCACUUCCUCACGCGCAAGUCAUUCCCCUUGGCGCCGCGCAAUACAGCGCACAAAAAGGGCGGCCGCCAGCCGACUGUUUUAGAUCUUGGGACUGGGAAUGGGAGUAUGCUUGCGCUGCUUAGGAAGAGGGGUGGGUAUACGGGACAUCUUGUUGGUGUUGAUUACUCGCGUCAGAGUGUUGAGCUUGCGAGGGAGUUGCAGCGUGUGAAAGGGCAUUCUGCUUAUCGGAGUGACUCUGAGGAUGAGGAUGAUUCGGAUGAUGAAGAGGAAGCAGAGGCUGAGGUCGAGGCUGAGGCUGGAUCUGAUGAUUUGCCGAAACAAGAAACACCCAUUCGGUUUGAGGAGUGGGAUAUCCUCGGCUCUAAGGCUCUUCUUUCUGAGACCGGUCUCGAGGUAUCGCCCUCUGCUUCCGAGGAAACACUCCCCUGGUUCCCCUACCAGGAAGGUGGUUUCGAUAUCGUGCUAGACAAGGGGACGUUCGAUGCUGUCUCGCUAGCUGAUGAUGCGAAGACCACUCGUGUCUGCGAGCGAUAUCCUGUUAUUGCUCGGCGCUUAGUGCGUCGUGGCGGGUUCUUGAUGGUUACUACCUGCAACUGGACUGAGGAAGAGCUGGUGCAUUGGUUCACUAGUGAUCGGAAGACUGGAGAUCGGUUGGCGGUUUGGGGACGUGUUGAGUAUCCUCGGUUCCGGUUUGGAGGACAUGAGGGACAGGGAGUUUGUACGGUGUGUUUCCAGAGGGUUGGGGAUGCUUGA